AUGAAGUACUUUAAGGCCUCUCUCCUUCUUACUGGACUUGGUGGAUCCACCGUCCUAUCGUCUGGAUUCUCUACUACAUGUUCAGAUAUCUCCCUUGUGGAUUCUUGGCUUGUUGGAACUUGUCCCAAAGGUGAUGGCACAGAGAUCAAGAGCAGUGUGUAUCUUCCUAGUAAGAUUGAGAAUAGCCAGGGAACGCUUGCUUGGAGCGCCGAUGGUCAAUACUCCAACACCUGCCAGGACUGCGAGCUGAUUGAUAGUAACUCGACACUUCAAUGUUACUGUUAUGGUACAUAUGCAUCCCAGGAUGGAACCAGUACUUUAGACCUAGAGCAACACAUCGACAACUACAGUGGCCACCUUCUCUCCAAUCUUACGGGAGCUAUUACCUCGAUUCCUGCCGACUUAUCCUACCCGGUGCCUUCUAGUUUCGUCACCGAAUUGGAGCUCAGCCCCAUCAAUAACUCCUGCUCAGACCAUGCCACAUUCACGGUGAAAGGGCCUUCAGACUGCUGGUAUCUCAAUCUCGGUGUCGUUGAGCUAUGGAAAUCUGGAAUCUCGGUAAACAACCAGGGUUGGAAUAUUAAGGGCUAUGCGACCACAGACUGCACAGGUGGUGAGGUGCUGGUAAUCACUCCUGACGAUGAUGGCACCUGUUUGUCAUUCGCUUCGGACGUGCAAGGGUUCUCUUUCACUCCAUUGUGGAAUGCCGACUAA